ACGACCCAUUCUUCAGCAUGAUUUGCCGAUGACUUUUCUUACGUCUGACCUCAGCGAAGACGUUGAUUGUGGGUGGUAGUGGUCGCGACUAAGGAUACGUCAUCUCACGUCGUCCAGCUCCCGGUUCAACCUAGCCAAGAAUUCGUAUACCCGUUCAUUCUCUACCCUUUUUUUGUAUCGAGCACUGUCAUUGGGGUAGUCCCACUGUUCAUCAACGUUGAAAUCCAAUUCUUGCCAAAGGGUGGUCAUUUCCAUGUAGUAAUCAGUGACGUUCCUUUCUCCUUUCUUUGCCUGCCACUAUUUUGUUUUAAUUUCAAAAAUCUGUGAUGAGUCUUCUGCAUCGGAAUACAUUUCUCGAAUGGCAUCCCAUAUGUCUUUCACAGUAGUCAUGAAGAGAAAAAUCUAGCCUAUUGAUGGCUUCAUCGUGUUAACAAGCCUCAUCAUCACCAUGGAAUUUUCAGAUUUCCAUUUCUAUUGGAGGUUUGCAUCCAUUGGCUGUUUCACAUCUCUGGUAAGAUAACCAAUUUUUCCUUUCUCGUCGACCGCCAAUUUGAUGGAUUGAGCCCAUUCCUUGUAGUUUGUACCAUUGAGUUUUUCCACGGUGAGUUGGAAGGAGGAACUAUCAAUUCCAAUUGAAUGCACGGUGGUGACAGGGUCGGCCUCACUGAUUUCUGAUUCGGAAAAAGACUGAUUCCUUACAGUUAGCUGUGUUUUCAGCCAUUGAUUGUCAGUUUUAGUUUUUCCCGACCAUAUGGACAAAGUCGGGAGGCCUUAUAUGUGCUGCCUUUGCCAAUGCUGCUGAUAUUGUAAGUUUGAUAUCAAAGAACGGGAUGAUUAGGGGCAUUCAGCAGUCGUUAUUGGGUUCCAUAUUGGCAGAUAUGCUUUUGGUGCUUGGAUGUGCGCUCUUCUUUGGUGGGUUGGUUCAUCGACAAAAAGAACAAAGAUUCAGUAAGGUAGCUGCCCAUAUGACCUCAGCAUUAUCAUUAAUGGCCUUCAUGGGCAUUUUAUUUCCAUCAGUGCUGCAGUUUACACAUACCCAAAUGCAUACACUCAAGUCUGAACUAGCUCUUUCACGAAUUAGCAGCUGUAUAAUUCUGAUUGGAUAUGGAAGCUUUCUUUUCUUUCAGAUCAAGAGUAAACCAAUUUUAUAUAUUUCUGUAGAUGAGGCGAAGGACAAUGGUGAAGAAGAUUCUGAUGAGGAAGAGCCCCGGGAGAUUACCCAAUGGGAAGCAAUAGGUUGGGUUGCUAUUUUGACAUGUUGGAUGUCAGUUCUGUCUGCAUAUCUCGGCGAUAGAAUACAGGAAGUAUCUGAUUCAAUGAACAUGCAAGUGGGUUAUAUUAGUGUCAUUUUGAUUCCAUCUGUGCGCAAUGCUUCAGAACAUGCAAGUGCUGUAAUGUUUGCCAUGAAAGACAAGCUUGAUCUCACACUUGGAGUUGCAAUUGGAUCGUCCACCCAGAUAUCAAUGUUUGUGAUUCCAUUCUUUGCAGUUGCUGGUUGGAUCGUGGGGAAGCCUAUGGACUUAAACUUCCAUGUUUUUGAAACUACUAUACUACUUACCACAGUAUUAGUGGUGGCAUUUAUGCUUCAGGAUGGAAAAUCAAACUGUUUUAAAGGUUUUAUUCUCAUUCUAUGCUAUCUAAUCAUUGCUGCAAGUUUCUUUGUACACUCUAAAUAAUGAAACGGCACUGAUGCUUAGGUCGUGGAUACAAGGAUCGACAUGGGGUGCUAGCUCGUGUGGAAAGAAAGUAAAACAUUUUAAGAUGCUUAGGUCGUGGAUACAAGGAUCUACAUGGGGUGAUAGCUCGUGUGGAAAGAAAGUAAAACAUUUUAACGAGUAAUUUAAAUUUCAAGAAGAAUUUUUUUAGAUGUGAAUCAUAUGAUGUUUUAAUUAGAUAAAAAUAUGAUCCACUUAAUGGCAUUAAGUGGUCAUAUCUAAUCCCCUUAUCACUUCAAUCAGUGAAUACUUAAAAGUAACACUACGAGCUGUUGGUUUCAUAAUAUAUUAUGUUCAAAUUCAGAUUC